GGCAUCUGCUUCCAGGAAGAGGAAAAAAGGAGGUCUCUUGCUAGAGCCAGAUGAGAAAGAGGAAGAAAAUGCUCAGCAGAAUGAAGAGGAGGAAGAGGAUAAUGUAGAGCAGGUGGAAAGAAACAGAGAAGAAGAAGAAAAAAAGAAAGAGGAUGCUCUUUGGGCCAGUUUCCUUAGCGAUGUGGGACAGAAACCCAAAGUGGUGGCUGCCACGCAAGUGAUGCAAGCUAAGAAGGCUGAAGAAGAGAAAAGUGGGAACAAACUUCAGGAGAAACCAAAAGAGUCUGAGAAUCCAAAAGAUUCAGGAAAAGUGACAAUCACCAAAGUGUUUGAUUUUGCUGGUGAGGAAGUCAGAGUGACUAAAGAAGUGGACUCGACCUCAAAAGAAGCGAAAUCUUUUUUGAAGCAGCAAGAGAAAUGGCAGUCAGCAGCUCCAGCUUCCCUCCCGACAGUCUCUGGGGUGAAGAGGCCAAGCGGCAUGAGCAGCCUCCUGGGGAAGAUUGGCUCCAAAAAGCAGAAGAUGAGCACACUGGAGAAAUCUAAACUGGACUGGGAGAACUUCAAGGAGGAGGAGGGGAUUGUGGAGGAGCUGGCGAUCCAUAACCGAGGGAAAGACGGGUACAUCGAAAGGAAAGCGUUCCUGGAGCGCGUGGAUCACAGGCAGUUCGAAAUCGAACGAGACAUCAGACUGAGCAGGAUGAAGCCCUGA